GUUAACCAGUUUUAGAUAUGGAAGCGUGAGAAGCCAUUUCCAGUUCAGGAGCUACCUUCCUCUCCUUCCCUUAAAAGCAAGCAGUUGAAAUCAGAGUCCAACUGAGACUGCUGACAUAUCGAAGAGUGAGUGAGCUAGAGGGUGGUAUAUAUAACUGGUUAUAUAUAGAGAAAUGGAGAAGUUAUCAUCAUCAGGGGGGCUGAGCCACCUUUACAUGACGAUAUUUCUGCACAACUUCUCGACGUUCAUGGUGAUUCCGGCCAUUACCGAUGUUACGAUGACUGCACUCUGUCCCGGAAGAGACGAGUGCUCCAUCGCUAUCUACCUCACCGGAUUUCAACAAGCGAUCGUAGGGCUGGGAACACUUGUGAUGAUGCCUUUGGUAGGAAAUCUCUCAGACAAAUUUGGGAGAAAAGCUCUGCUCACCCUUCCAAUGAUUUUCACUAUAAUCCCCUUAGGAAUAUUAGCUUACAGUAGGACAAGGAAUUUCUUCUAUGCUUACUUUGUGGCCAAGACUCUCACUGCCAUGGUUUGCGAAGGCAGCGUUCAUUGCCUCGCCCUUGCCUAUGUGGCUGAUAAUGUUCCAGAAGGACGACGAGCUUCGACGUUUGGAAUUCUCUCCGGUAUUAGUUCAGCUGCAUUUGUCUGUGGAACCCUAUUUACUCGUUUCGUAUCCACUCCCUCCAUGUUUCAGGUUGCGACAUCGGUGGCGGUGGUAGCAGUAAUGUACAUGAGGAUUUUCCUACCGGAAUCGAUUAUAGACGAUGACAUUUCCGCCCCAUUGCUCUCAAAUGGAAAGCCAAAAGUUUUGAACUCGGAUGAAAACUCAAAUGUGGAAUUGCAGUCUUCUAAAGCUUUACCUUCAUUACCUGAUUUAAUCGCAUUGUUGAAAACUAGCCCUACAUUUUCCCAAGCUGCAAUUGUUGCGUUUUUUAGCAAUCUGGCCGAUGUUGGCCUUCAUGCUUCACUACUGUACUAUUUAAAGGCCCGGUUUCACUUCAACAAGGAUCAGUUUGCUGACCUGAUGGUGAUUUCGGGGGUAGCAAGCACUAUUUCACAGCUGGUUCUCAUGCCCUUACUAGCUCCUGUUUUGGGAGAGGAGAGGUUACUUUCGAUAGGGCUUCUUUUUAGCUGUGCACAUAUGUUCUUUUAUGGCCUUGCUUGGUCCUUCUGGGUUCCAUAUGCUGCUGCUAUGUUCUCUAUCUUUUUUGUGUUUGCACAGCCAUGUAUGCGAAGCAUUGUAUCAAAACAAGUUGGGCCGUCUGAGCAGGGAAAGGCUCAAGGGUGUAUUUCAGGCAUAUGCUCCUUUGCAAAUGUUAUAUCUCCCUUUGCUUUCUCUCCUCUAACAGCUUUGUUCCUGUCUGAAAAGGCUCCAUUUAAUUUUCCUGGUUUUAGUAUCGUCUGCGUUGGAUUCGCUGCGAUGGUAGCCUUUAUUCAAAGCGUGAUGAUAAAGGCUGCUCCUCCCAUAUCAAGCGAACGAGUCAGCAGCAAUUGCGAUCACAUGGAACCCUAGUUUACAUAUUCCGAGCAGAAAUUUUUCAUUGUU